CUUAGGAUGAAAGUUAGAGUAAGAUCAAAAGGUACAACUGUGGUUGUAGAUCUUCCUCAAGACGCCUCACUGUCUGAUCUCACAUCAUCAAUACGGCAACCACCCACUGGACUUCUCAUUGAAGAAGAAGUAGAUUUUCGUCUGUCGCUAAAUGGAAAAAACCCGCUGCAAGAAGAUGGAAGGACGAGACUGUGUGAUAUUGGAAUCGUGACUGGAGAUCUGGUACACAUUCUGAUUGAUAGCAACAGCAGCAGCACUAAUCCUUCACUCAAGCCAUCUGUCAAACCACAUCCUCAAAAUGAAUUUCCACAAAGUGACCAAUCAAACAAACAGGCAACAAAGGACAUUCGUCCACUACAACAGGCAGUAACUGCUCAUGAUGCAUGUAUUGAACACAACAUGACGACAAAAAAUCAUCAAGAAACAGAUGUCCCUCUGUUGUCAUUACUCUACAGUGUGGCCGAUGUGUCAACUCUCAAUGAGGCCAUUGUUGUUGCUCUUCACAGUUUCAUGCUUGAGUGUGGCUUCCGAUGUUCUCCAAACAUGGAGCUUAUUUGUAUGCCUGAUGGUUGGAAACAGCAGGGUCUACAUAAGAUGGCAUAUAGGCAUCCUCUAUGUAUGUCAACAACUUGUUGCCUAACUUGUGUUUCUCUUGGACCAUGUUUGGUGGUGCAUGGAACUGUCGCAACAAUUCAAAAUGCAAUGAUCCAAAUCAAACCGUCAGACUUUAUCCGCGGAGAUGCUACCCUCAAAUCAGGUGCAGACAAUGUCUACCAUAACCUAUCAUCUCUAGCAGAAAAAUUCAAACGGGCAGUUGCUUAUCAGUUGAUUGCCAGCAUCAAACAAGAGUCAGGAAUUAUAGAUCGUGCAUCACUGUUGGGUUUACCUGCUGAGAUUCAACUUUAUCUACUUCGUUUUCUGGACAUGACCAGUCUGGUGCGUUGCUCUGGCGUAUGUAGGGAAUUGAAUGUGCUGGCGUGUGACCAGGAAUUGUGGAGGAAACUUUACAAAGUGACAUUUGGUAAACGGCAAGACGACACAAUUGUUAACUGGAAAAAAGAAUUCAAAUGUCACUAUGUUCAGAACAGAGCCAAACAGCAACGCUAUCCUUUGUCACAUGAGCGGUACCACCACCUUCCUUCCCUCUAUCCUCAACCACCAUUCCGCUACCCUCCAGACAUUGUGGGAGGAGAUUACGAUCGUGACUUGUUUCCUCUUCGACAACCAUCACCAUUUGCUCUCCCUUCUGAUCGUCGGCAACAGUAUUUGCCACAUCCAGUCCUGCAUCCAAGGCCUCGUUUUGACCCUUUUGGGCCGUUGCCUGAGCAUCAGUAUGACUUCAACAGUAGAGGGAACAGAAGACGACCUGGUGCUGGAGGAUGGGGAGGAAAUACAUUCUUGUGAAGUAAUUCA